UGGACCCCCCAACCUUAAAGUCGCCCAACCUUAGCACUUGCUCCCCUGCCAUUUUCUUAUAACCGUACCUCGAGUUAAUCCUUGGUCCUGUCUCCUAAUUAUCUUCAUCACCGCCUCCUGCCUGCCCACCAUCCAAUCUUCAAACAACAUCCACCGUCCAUCAUAACAAUCCGUAUCGUCGCCAGACUUCAAACCGCCAAGACAGCCAUAGACAUCAUUACGUCGACACGAGUAUCAGUAUCGGCAACGACACAAGCGCAAAGAAUACCUUAAGAAAAAGAAAGCGACCUGCACUUGGUUUUAUCUUGCAGCUCCUCCAGCGGAGCAUCCUCUACUUUCCACAAUGGUGGUUGCAACUAUCAAGUGCGUGGUUGUUGGCGACGGUGCAGUCGGCAAAACUUGUUUGCUUAUCAGCUACACGACCAACAAGUUCCCCUCUGAAUAUGUCCCGACUGUCUUUGACAACUAUGCUGUCACCGUCAUGAUCGGUGACGAACCAUACACACUGGGACUGUUCGAUACAGCCGGCCAAGAAGAUUACGAUAGGCUACGGCCCUUGUCAUACCCUCAGACAGAUGUCUUCCUCGUCUGCUUCAGUGUCACGUCUCCUGCCUCCUUCGAAAACGUGCGCGAGAAGUGGUUUCCCGAAGUACACCACCAUUGCCCCGGAGUCCCCUGCCUGAUUGUAGGCACCCAGGUCGAUCUGAGGGACGACCCCAGUGUGCGGGAGAAGUUGGCAAAACAAAAGAUGCAACCCGUGCGGAAGGAGGAUGGCGAGAGGAUGGCCAAGGAGCUCGGAGCGGUUAAGUACGUUGAGUGCAGCGCCCUCACGCAGUACAAGCUGAAGGAUGUUUUUGACGAGGCCAUUGUUGCGGCACUAGAGCCCCCUGUUGUUAAGAAGAAGUCCCACAAGUGCUUGCUUCUUUAGACGUUGCGACGCGACGGUUGACCUCGCGAUUUUCGCCUGUUGCCGUCUUCGCUUGAUCACUUUUUUUUUUCGACUUUCUUAGCGGAACGAUUCGUCACCCUAGGCGAGCGAACGGGCCGCUCUCUGUUACAUUUCUUGGGUGCGCCCUCCACG